GUCGACGAACUUAAAAAAAAUACUAUUAUAUGAAAUAUUCAUGUAUAAUUUUCGAUGAUAUAACGUAGUACAUGAAAGCUAUGCAAAAAACAUUACUUAGAUCGCAAAAUGCUAUUCCAUAAAGCAUAAGAUUCUGAUUUCUUUUUGAUAUAUCUUACACCAGAAGCUUCAUCAUGAAUCUGAACAUUGCCGUCUUAUCUUAUCUUAUCUCAAAGUGUGAGAUUAAGGAACUAAAGCAUUAUUUUCAGCAAAAGCGAGGGGAAAAAAAAGGUUUAAAUGGAAAGGAAAAGCAAAGUGAAGCAUUCAAGAGAAAGCAAAACGCAAAAGAGAAAACACAGCUUGAAAAAGAUUAGUCAAUUAAUAGAUCGUCAUAGAUUAGUAAUCUCUGUGAAAAAUGAGAACUGAGAAACGCAACUGACCUCCACUUCAACUCCAAGUGAUAGAUCGAAUCCUUUUUCGCUUUAUAUCUUUUCUUGUCUUGAGAGUCCUGCCCAUUUUCCUUCACUCCACAGCUCCACUUUCCUUCCUCCUCAUUAGCCUCCAAAACCCCUUCAACUCCAAAUCAGCUUCUCCCAUGGCAGAACAGAACCCUCGGCCGCCACCAGCAUCUCCGUGCCCACUCCAAAACCACGGUCACGACCUCGAGGACGAGAAAUACAACAUGCCCAAAGGUUCCGAAUCCCACAUGCCCAAACGCGCUCUCUGCUCCUGCAUUACCAUCUUCCUCCUCCUAGCCGGCAUCACCCUGCUCGUCCUCUGGUUCGUGUACCGUCCCCACAAGCCCAGAUUCACCGUCGUUGGUGCCGCUGUCUACGGCCUCAACGCCACAGCGCCGCCGUACCUCACCACCUCCCUUCAAUUCACCCUGCUGAUCAGAAACCCUAACCGUCGCUUGUCGAUCUACUUCGACAGGCUCUCGGCCGUGGUGUUGUACAGGAACGAGGCGAUCACAGCGCCUAUGAUGCUGCCGCCGCUGUACAUGAAGCGGCGCAGCAUGGUGUCGGUGUCGCCGAUGAUUGGGGGAUCUCCGGUGGCGGUGUCGGCGGAGAUUGCGAAUGGGUUGGCGGCGGACGAGAGCUACGGAGUGGUGGGAGUGAGAGUGGUGGUGCAGGGGAGGCUGAGGUGGAAGGCAGGAGCCAUACGGACUGGGCACUAUGGAGUGUACGUCAAGUGUGACCUUUUGAUGGGUCUCAAGAAGGGAUUUGUGGGUCAGGUUCCAUUGCUCGCAGCUUCUCCUUGCGUUGUAGAUUUCUGAAAUUUUGAUUCAUUUCUCUGAUAACUGUAAUCAAUUCUGAGCCUGCCCGCUUCUCUUUUUUCUUUUUCCCCCUCAUCAUCUGAUUCAUCUCCUUCUUCUACAUGUAUUUUAUUUUAUUUUAAUAGCUUCAUUAACCUCUAAA